AAUUGAUCGAGCUGAAGAUCUCGAGGUUGUUCUCUUGUUAUGGCAGCAGUUCUACAGGCGGCGGCGCUUUUGAUGGGGUCGCAGACCGACAUCAAGAGGUUCCGGCUCAGAUCAGCGCUCCGAUCUGCUCCUGUUCGACAUGAGGGUUUUUUCGUGGUUAGGACUGAUGGGAGGUUGUCUGCAACUUCUGGUAUGAUGCCUCGCAGGGCUAAGUUGAUCCCAAAUGCAGUUGCAGUUAAGGAAGAUACUCCUGCUAGCUCUGCUGCCUCGAAACCAGGGUAAGCUAUUGUU